AUAAGAAGAAAACCUUGCUAGGAAGUAUGGUCUCUGCAAAUGAUAAUCAAGAAGAACCUGACAGGAAUAACUCUAUUCUGAUAGACAUUAUUUCUGUUAAGCCAAUCACUCUAUCAAACAACUAUGAGAAAAGUAUACCAAUUGAUACUAAAAAUUCUGCUCAUAAAAAAUGCCUAAUAAAACAUGACAAAACAAAUACUUCAACUAACAAUGAGCCUGAGACUAGUCAAACAGGAAAAGAAAAAAGAAAUACAAGUAUAUAUUCAAAGAAGAGCAAAACAAAUUGUAAAAGACCAAAAGAAAAUGCUAACCAGCCUUAUGGAAUGGCUAUUUCACAAAGUAGUCUUGGAUAG